AUGCAAUAACCCUUUACAAUAAAUCCAAAGUGCUUUGGGUAAUUUGUUAGACCUAAACACAAUAUUGAACAACAAGAACACAAAUAAAAGAAUGAAUAAUAAUAAUAAUGUUUAUCUAAAAAUAUAAAUACCAAUCCAUAGAUGUGGAUCAAAAAUAGAUCAAUCACAAUAUGUUCCAAUACAUCUACUUUACCUGAAACUUUGUCUACAUCCUAAUAGAUUUAAGAGUUAAAUUAAUCAAUUUAAGAAGUAAAAUAAGAAGAAAUGUUUUAUAAAACUAUGCCAACAUUAUUCUAGUAACUUUAAUAAAAGAACAAUAGAAAAUAUGAACCAUAGAUGUAAAUCACUCAAUUCUAAAUUGAUCUUGCUAAAGUAAGUCUCUAUUCUUAUCAAGAUUUGUGAUGAUGAUAGAACCACUCUAAUGAUUCGUAAUAUUCCUAAUAAAUACACUCAACCUAUGUUACUAGAGAAUAUAGACAUUAAUCAUAAAGAUACUUAUGAUUUUUUUUAUCUUCCAAUAGAUUUUACUGUAAAUUUUUUAUUAAUAUUAGAAUAAAUGCAAUGUAGGAUAUGCAUUUAUCAAUUUCUUACAUACUAAAUUUAUACCAAAGUUUUUUUUAGAGUUUCAAGACAAAAAGUGGAAACUCUUUAAUUCAGAGAAAGUAUUAAUUUUAUUUAGAUUUUAAAGAUCUGUUAAAUCACAUAUGCCAGAAUUUAAGGUGUAGAAUAGUUAUAGGGUCAUUUCUAAUACUCAACUAUUAUGUAAGAGAAGGUAAAAAAAUUAUUUUUAUAACAAGGAUAAUCGAUUAAAGCCAAUCUUUAAGAAAAAUAGAUCCGAUUAAUAAUUUAUUAAAUGGAGAUGA